AUGUAUGAUGCAACAGAUUUAAGAUUUCCAAAAUUAAGAGUACUUAGAACACGAGAUGCACCUGAUGAUGAAGAUAUGUGGGAUAUUUCUUGCUUAGAAGUUAAAAUGUUAAGGAACGUUAGAACGAUUGUUACAGAUUUAAAUUCGAGUGAAGAUUAUUGGGAUUCGAUCUUAAGUAGUCUAGAUCAGCAUGGGUUCAAAAGAAUACCCAAGUUUAAAUUAAUUGUUUUUACUAGAGAUCAAUGUGAUCAAAAUCAAGUGAUUAAACCUGAAUUGGUUAAAGGAUUUGAAUCUCAUGGAAUCAAAUGUCUUGUUACAAAUGAUUUAACAUGUGAUGAAAUUAUGUACAAGACUUCUUGUCAUGAGAUAGAGCACGUGGGUGCAAUUCAAUAUAGGGGGUCGUAA